CUCGUUCGCUUCACCGUUUCAAAACAUAAAUAUCAAAUUCUCCUCACAAUUUUCUCGGCAGUACAGUCGUUACUUUUCACACUUUCCGAGUCUUAGAAUAUUGGGUUUAGUGAUCGAAUCGGAGCUCCGAAUCGGGAAAUGGCAGAGCACGUUGAGAAUUCGGAUCCUAAAGGGGAGUCGUUGAUGGAGAAGAUCGCCGACAAAUUUCACGGCGGUGACGAUUCCUCGUCGUCAUCCGAUUCAGAUACCGAAACGAAGAAGCCGGCAGCGAAAGAGGAGGUAGUGGCGGCGGCGGAGCCGUCAUCUGUGAAGGACAAAGUUUGGAGGCUAUUCGGGAGAGAAAAGCCGGUUCACAAGGUGUUCGGUGGAGGCAAACCUGCUGAUGUAUUCUUGUGGAGGAACAAGAAGAUAUCUGCUAGUGUACUUGGUGGAGCAACCGCUAUAUGGGUUCUUUUCGAAUUGCUUGAGUACCACCUGCUCACUUUAAUCUGCCACAUUUUAAUCAUCUCUCUUGCAGUCUUAUUCUUGUGGUCAAAUGCAACCACCUUUAUUAACAAGAAACCUCCACAUAUCCCAGAAAUCCACCUUCCACAGGACCCUUUCCUUCAAGUGGCUUCUGCCCUGAGGAUCGAAAUCAACCGUGCUCUUGCUCUACUGCGGGAAAUUGCGUCAGGGAGAGAACUGAAGAAGUUCCUUGGUGUUGUUGCCGGUUUAUGGAUCCUCUCUAUUGUGGGUAGCUGGUGCAACUUUUUGACGCUGUUCUACAUAUUAUUUGUGCUCCUCCACACAGUUCCUGUUCUUUAUGAGAAAUAUGAAGAUAAAGUGGAUCCUUUAGCUGAGAAGGCAAUGCACGAGAUCAAGAAGCAAUAUGCUGUUUUUGAUGAUAAGGUUUUGAGCAAAAUUCCAAGAGGACCAUUGAAAGACAAGAAGAGGGAAUAGAUGUAGUGUGGUGCUUUGCCGCUAGAGUGCUUUGGGUAGUUGCUACCUUUUCAGAAUGUGAUAGUGCUUUUCUUGUACUACAUGGGGCUGUGUCCCAUCAUACAUAUAUUUGGGUGUUUAUUAACUGAUGAUAGAUCUAGAAACAGUUGAAGGAUUAAUCUAUCAGGUCUGUACGAGUGAGUAUUUGGCUGCAGUUUCUCAAUGUGUCAGUGUCUGAGUUAAAAGCUGAAUUGACAUUCUGUUUCUUCCACCCCUGUUUGUACUUUUUCUUUUGUCAACGUUCGGAUGUUCCAGGUCUA